AUGGCAGACGGCAGCACUAUGCUGGUCAACAGCUGCGGCGACGGCGCUACCACGACCAUUACCGCCACCACCCCCGGAGGAACAGCGUCGGACUCUCUUGCUGCACUCUUCUCAUUCGACGACCUCCCUUCGCCGCUCGCACCGCCGCCGUCGCCGCUGCCGCCGCACACCACGCUCCCUCAAGUUGCCGCCUCGCGCCGUCCCAUCCCAGAGCACCUCAAAGGGGACGCGGAGGAGGAAUUGGGGGACUUGAACAAGCCUGCUGGAGCUGCUGCUGCUGCGAAGCAAUCGGCGAGCAAGGAGGUGCAGAUUCAGCGCAUGCUGGCUGGCCUCUCACACAUUGCAUGCUCCCUGGGACUGGAGGAAUCACAGCAGCAGGAAGCACAGCAGCAGGAGAUGCUGCAGCAAGAAGCAGCUGCUGCAGCAACAGAAGCAGAGGGAGAGGCGGAGGGAGAGGCAGAGGCGGAGGCGGAGGGAGGGAAAGCGGUGCUGUCAAGCCGAGUGAUGGCGAGGCUGCAGAUGGGGAGAGGCCGCACAGACGAGCGUCGGGAGCUGUUGGCCCUCCUGCAGGCGCUCAAGCAGGUGGAGGAGCAGCAGCAGGCGCAGCAGGCGGAGCAGUUUUCACAGCAACCCGGGCUGAGCCCGAAGCAGAAGCAGAACAAACGGCAGAAGGGGCAGAAAGGACAGAGGACGGUGAGUGAAAAGCAGCAACAGGAGCAGCACCAGCACCAGCAGCAGCAGCAGCAGCAGCAGCAGCAGCAGCAGCAGCAGAUGGAAGGAGGGCAGGAUGAGCAGUGGCUCUCAGCUUUCUCGGCUCUUCCAGAGGCCGGAACGUCAGCGAAGCAAGUGGAGACCGCCCUUGCUUCCACGUUUGCCCCCAGAUACAGUCCAGAUGGCGCGCUGCGAUUGGCUCGUGGUGGAAGAGGGCGCAGUGGGGAGAGGAGUGGCAGUUAUGGUGGCAGCGGCGGUGGCAGCGGCGGCCGCUGCGGCAGCAGCGGCCGCUGCGGCAGCAGUUGCCCCGAGUUUGCUCCGCGUGGCAGUGGUAUCAACAACAACCCAUGCAGCGCCAUGAGUAACGGGAUCUACGAUAGCAGCGGGUUGGUGGGCACACACGGCACCAUCAGCAGCACCCUUUUCAGCAGCACUUGCACCCAGUCAGCGAGCGACGCAGGAAAGAAGAGGAAAUGCCCAGAGCGCCCGGCUGGCAUCGCUACAGCCGCUCACACGUGGCAGCAGCACGCCAGGCAGGCCUCCCAUGCGUGCUACAGUCGGGGCGUGCUUGGGCCAGGCAGUGCCUCGUUCGAGCAGCGGAGCCCAGCCAUGGGCAGCGGAGCAGCAGGCAUGGGGGCGUCUAUCCUGGGCCCUGGCAUGGGUGCGAUGGUGCCGGACUCGCCGGUCUUGCAGUACAGGCGGAGUGAUGCGCUGCAAGCCAUGUCCACCAGGGAGGCACGUGCAGUGGGCGGUGUCGAGGAUUCAGCAGCAGCGCCAGUGGAGGCAGCAGCAACUCGCGGCUCUUGGCCUCGCCUCCACAUGCACUUUCAGGACAAGGACCAUCAGCAGCAGCAGAGGAAGCAGAGGCGUGAGCCGGCGUGUGAGCAGAAGUUGUCUUACGUGGCCAUCAGACAGCCCUGUCGAGGGAGCGCAGGCUCGGCAGGCAUAGGCGUGGGCGAUGAUGCAAUGGAUGGGCAAGUGAGCGGAUCAGACGGCACAGGCAGCAUGGGCGGCACGGGCGACGUGGAGGGUACGGACGGCCAGUGGCAUCCUGAUGACGACUUUGGUCUAGACGCGUGUUUUCAGCCGCCUGUGUGCAACACAGAUGCUGAGGAGAAUCAGUGCGGGGGCGUAGACGGGUGGUGCGCACGAGAAGAGCGCGGGGAGAGGAGACACGAGAGUGGGGAGAGACACGAGAGCGAAGGCAACGGCCACGAACACAAUAUGCACGAUGAGUGUGGUACGGAAGACGAGUGGUUGCCCCGGAGCCAGGGCAUUCGGAGUGGUUCGGCGCCGAACCAGAGGAUCAAGCGCCGCAGCAUGGCGGAGCGGCGGAGGAGGGAGAGGAUCAGCGAGAAGCUGCAGAGGCUGAGGGUGAAGGUGAGGGGGCGAGGGGACAUAUGCGCGAUGCUGGACAGAGCAGUGGGGUAUGUAGAUGCACUAGAGCGGAGAGUGAUGGAGUUAGAGAGGGUUGUCAUGACGGCUGCUGGGUCUGGGAGGAACGUUUUCCCCGGCAAUGCGUUUGCCGGUGGUGGUGCUUUUCCCCGUCGCGGUUUUGGCGGUAACGUUUUUUUGAAUAACGUCGCGGCGCUGGCGACGAUACCGGCUGCGUUAACAUCCGCCCGGACUAGCCUUGGGAGUGACGCUAUUGCCGACUGGCCUUGGGAGUGA